AUGCAAUACACAUUUGGUUUGAUUGUUCCUGGAGCGAUAAUUACUUCAAUUCUAAAUUCCACUCCAAUCAUUCGACUCUGUGGUAGUUUGCCUGAAUUAGGUUCAUGGAGUGCAGACAAAGCCCCCCAACUUAAUCUUCUGACCAAAGAAUUGUAUCGUUCUAAACGAUUGCUCAACGAACCACGAUUUUAUCGAAUAGACAUAAACAUUUCUAAAGAUGUAAAAGAAUUCGAUUACAAAUAUGUGAUUAAUGAUGUCUGGGAAGGGAAACCGGGUGAAAAUCGAGUGUGGCUACGAGAUGAUUGUAAAAAUUUGGUGGAUGGAGUUUAUUACACACCGAUUGACUAUUGGAUUGAUGUGAAGACGGGAGCUACCAACGAAAAAUCUCAUACAUCAAACUUUUAUAACGAGGUCGUUUCGAAUGGAAUCAUGCAUUAUGGUCGUGUCAAUGAACAAUUACAUGUUGGCAGUUGUCCUCGCACAUUAGAACACAUUAAUAACGUCUUAGGUCAAGAAUUAGGUGUCACAGCUGUUCUUAAUUUGCAAGUAAUCAAAGAUAUCGAAAAAAAUUGUAAAAAGAUUCUCGGUGAUGAUCAUGUUCCCGAGCCAAACAACGAAUAUGACUUAGCCAGCGUCGAUAUCUUACGCAAAGCGUACGAACAAGCGGGGAUUCUAUUUUUAUGGGUACCUAUCACUGAUCUGUCAUCAACUGGAAGAGAACUGAUGUCUCCACAGUCGGCCUUAGUAUUGAAAACAUUGUUAGCAAAAGGACAUAAAGUUUACGUACAUUGUAAUGCUGGUGUUGGCCGAGCGUUUGGUACUGUUUGUGCUUAUUAUCACUUUGUGCUGAACAUACCGUUAGCGAAAGUCCAUUAUGAAUUAGCUCCGGUACGGUCGUGUGGCUUUUUCGAUCGUGUAUUUUUGGAGAAUGCGGAAAAAAUAUACAGAAAAGCAUAUGCAUAA